UGAGACUUUACAAAAAAACUCACUUAAGCUGGAUAAACAUGGUAAACAGCUGGGAAAUCAUGAACAUACUACACGUAUUCUAAAGAUAUUCUAACAUACCUGGGGUGCGUUGCAAACUACGCAGCGCUUGUAAUCGCUUGCAAGCGCUUGGUCUACAACGAAGAGCUAGAUUCAAGCGCUUGCAAACCGAUGAAGUUGAUGCUUCAUUUCUGAUAAAACAUGGCGGACAAGUUGACGCUCGAAGUUGAUUCGAAGGUAGCUGAUGAAAUUAUAAAGGAAAUUAAAACAGGUGAAAUGGAAGUACCUGUCGGCCCUAUUUCUAACCUUGUUCCACCAAAGUACCACACUCACCUACAUAAGAGAAUAUUAAAUUCUCUUAUUGUGGCCAGUGAGAAGAGUGCAAAGAGGCUGCGAGAAAUAGCAGUAAAUGUUCCAGUUAUAGUUCAAGAAAAAACAACAGAGGUCUACUCACAUGUACUUCAAAAUUUGACAUCUUUGGGGCAACAAGCUGUAGCACAAAUUAAUGUGUUGAUUGAUUGGGACAACUUUGAUAAAGUUAUCUGUAUUUCUCCCUUGCCAGGUAUUACAAGAUUUUUAGAUUCUAAAUGUACUUCUAGUAUGCAAUGGGAUGAAAUUCUAUUAUGUGCAAAUGUAUAUAGAUAUAUAUAUGUAUACUGGGUACUUACAAUACAAUAAUUUAUGUUAAUGGUGUAAAUAACAGAUCUAUUUCACUUGUCGAGUUGAAUGCAUGAUCAUGUGAGGGCAAUGUUGAAUAAAGCUUUCAAUAUAAAUUGCAGACGGACAUUCAAAUUUUGAAAAAAUCUUGCAGAUAGUACUGAAAAAUAAAUGAAUGGUGAACCACAUACAUUGAAAUUAUUUAUAUAAUUAAAAUCUUAAGCAUGGCCAAAACCCCACCAUUUCACAUA